CGACAAACACUCUUGUCUUCAAGGUGUCAGAUGGCGCCCGUCGAGUGGCUCUCGUCUCCGUCCUCCUCGGGCUCGCCCGUGGUCGAGCCACCUCCUGCCACCUCUCAGCCACCUACUCCUGCGUCCCCCGCGCCUGUCACCCCCAUCAGCUCCCCAGCCUCCCCGCUCUCCGUCGAGCCCAUCCAGCAGCAACAACUGGACGCGGCCGAGAAGCUGCCGUCACCUGGCGGCCCCGACUCGAUGGACUACAAGACCGUGACCUUCACGGCUCCUCCGCCGCCGCCCUUCAACCGCCGCGGCUCGCGCGAGACCAACCGCCCGCUGUUCUCGGAGCGCCAGCGCUUCACGCCCACGGCGGACAAGCUCGUGCUGGUCAUGGUAGGGCUGCCGGCGCGCGGCAAGUCGUUCAUCGCCAAGAAGCUCUGGAAGUUCUUCUGCUGGAAAGGAUUGCGCUGUCAGGUGUUUAACGUGGGCCAGCUGAGACGCGCCAAGAGCGUGGGCGUGAAGCAGGACCACUCGUUCUUCGACCCGAACAACGCGCAGGCCCGUGAGGAGCGCGAGCGGCUGGCGGCCGAGUCGCUCAAGCAGGUGCAGCGCUGGUUCGUGGGCCAGGACGGAGAGAGGGGCGGCGACGUGGCCGUGUUCGACGCCACCAACACCACCAAGACGCGGCGCAAGAUGCUGCGCGACACGUUCAGCGCCUUCGCCGAGGAGCACAAGACGAGCGUCCACGUCGUCUUCAUCGAGAGCAUCUGCACGAGCGAGGCCGUGAUCAACGCCAACAUCCGCCAGAAGGUCGAGAGCAGCCCGGACUACAGCAACAUGCCCGAGGACGAGGCCUUCGCGGACCUCAAGCAGCGCCUCAAGAACUACGAGGCCGCCUACGAGGCGCUUGAGGACGCCGAGGACUGCAGCUACAUCAAGCUCUUCGACAUGCAGUCCAAGGUGCACGCCAAGGGGAUCUAUGGGCAUGUGGCCAAGUCCAUCCUGCCCUACAUGAUGAGCUUCCACAUCGAGCACCGCCCCAUCUGGCUCGUGCGCGCCGGACACUGCACCGAGGUGAAGAGGGACUUCCGCGCCAUUAUCAAGGACCCGUGUGUGGCGCCGCGCUCGGCCAGGCUGAGUCCGCUCGGAGUGGACUUUGCCUAUCGUCUGGGGCACUUUGUCAAGCAGCGCACGGCCGUGUGGAUGGAGAACGAAGGCAUCAUGCCAGAAGACAACCCGACCGAGUGCCUCGUCAUGACGUCCACGCUGCCGCGCGCAGUGGAGACGGCGGAUUUCCUCCCCUACGGCAAGCGGAUGCAAAUGGCGACGCUGAACCCGCUGGACAAGGGCGAGUGCUAUGGUAUGACGAUGGACCAGAUGAAGGAGCAGAUGCCCGAGGCCUACGCAGCGUACGAGCAGGACCCGUGGCGCACGCGCUUCCCUGGCGGCGAGUCGUACCAGGACCUGAUGAUGCGUCUGGAGCCCGUCCUCAUCGACAUCGAGCAGCACACGGGCCCCGUGCUCGUUGUGUCGCACAUCUCGACACUACAAGUGCUGUACUCGUACUUCCUGGGCGCGCCCAUCGAAAGCAGCCCGGACCUGGAGAUCCCCUUCCACUCGGUGCUCGAGCUCGUGCCGAGUCAGGACGGCUGGACCAAAACUGUAUUUAACAUGCGUGCCUAA